CUGGAUUCACUUAUACUCUGCAUAUGUCGACUUAAUCGGAAUUUACCUUUAUAUUUCAAAUAGAGAAGCCAUUUGUGGAAAGAGGGGAUCAUAUAUACACAUUUUACUUGGAGCCACGGGGUUUUUCCUGCAUUCCGAUGUUCUGAGAGUUCUGUGCUGGCUGGGUGUGUACCAGAUGACGCAGCAGCCAGGUGAGCGAUAAACCAAUGCUUCGAGACCUGCGUUGAGGUAGAACAACUGACUUGACUAUGGAAGAAGAUCAGAAGAACCCUAUCCUGAAAGAGGGAUUCCUUGUGAAACGGGGCCAUGUAGUUCACAACUGGAAGGCUCGCUGGUUUGUACUCUAUCCCGACCAGUUGCUCUACUAUAAAUAUGACGGAGGGAAGAGAGACUCCUCUCAACGCGGGAGGAUCAUGUUGACCGAUUGUAAAAUCUCUUGUCCGUUUCUGGAGUAUGACAACCGGCCGCUGGUGUUCAAACUGCAAACCAAGAGUUCUGCCGAGUACUUCCUGGAGGCGUGUUCUCGGGAGGAGCGUGACCAAUGGGCAGCGGAUAUCGGUGCAGCGGUGGAGAAGCUCCGCCCGGCUGACUCACCUACCCCGAGCCAGUCUAAAACCACUGGGCACCGGUCACUACAACUACACAGCGUCAGCCUGAACCAGGUAGUGGACUCCAUGUAUGAUGUCCACAGUGGCAUCAAGCUGACCAGCCACAACGAACAGGGAAGCUCCUACAGCAACUGCUUCUCAGGUUCUGCGGUGGUGGACUGGCUGGUGUUCAAUCAGCUGGCUCUGACCCGUGUAGAGGCUGUGACUCUGUCCUCGGCCGUCCUGGAGGAAGGUUUCCUACGCCCUGUAGGUCUGAGGAGUGUUGAGGCUCAGCGCAGCCAUGGACUCAGUGAGCAGUUCCUGGAUGACUCCACUGCUCUCUACAGCUUUUCAGAGAACUUUAAGAAAAGAGGCAGUGUGAAGGCUGAGACUUCCCUAUCAGCCAUGGAACUAAGUGGGAAAGUCCUGAAAAGGGGCUAUCUACUGAAACAGGGACACAAAAGAAAGAACUGGAAGGUUCGACUGUUUGUGCUGCGAUCAGAGCCAGGUUACCUCCACUACUAUGACCCCAGUAAGGAUGACAUCAGUCCCGUGGGCGGGUUGUCUCUCCGAGGCUGUCUGGUCUCUGCUCUGGACGACAACGGUGUUCCUUCAGGUGUGAAGGGUAAAGUCCAAGGUAACCUGUUGAAGAUCAUCACUCAGUUUGAUACUCACUACUACAUCCAGGCUCCCAGCAGACAGGAGAGGAUGGACUGGAUAGAAGCUAUCAGAGGACAGAGUUAAAUAAAGUCAAGCUUAUUACUUUAACGUAGUGUUUUAGGUGAGGCUGUUAUUGAUACAUCCAAAUCCAUACAGGUUUUUAAGCAAACUACAAUACAAAUCUUCUAGCGUAUAAGAAUAAAUUAUACAUUCUAUGAAUGUAACCAUACAAAGUUAACCGUUUGGAAUAAUGGUUUUAAAUCGUGUAAAUAGAUCAUUCAACAUGGUGUUGUUUUGAAUAUUAAAUAAAGCAUUUCCCCUGUGAGAAGGCC